UUCGAGUUCGCAUCCGAGUGCUCUGUGUUCUCCCCAGAUCGUACUUUGACAUAUGGCACCAUCCUUAUCUGUACAAUACACAAUGGACCACACAUAAUAGUUAUUUUAAAAAAAGUGGUGAUUUUAGUUGAUUAUCGAACGGAGAAACGACAAGGAUAUUGUUAUAAGUCAUGGAAGCUUUAAGAGAAACCCUUGAUGAACACGAUGAAAAAAGUGUGGAUAAUCCAGUUUAUUUGGCUGUAACGGACAACGUGCCACACAAUCUAAACCUGGAUUUAGAAAACCCGAACAAUCCUAAAAACACAUAUUUAACACCCAGUUCUACGACAGAAUUAGAACCCAAAGUUCAUGUUUAUAAGGUGUACAAACGAAGGUGGCUGAUUCUGGGUAUAUUCGUUUUAUAUUCGGCUGCAAAUGCAUUGCAAUGGAUUCAAUACUCGAUUAUAGCAAAUAUUGUACAAAAGUAUUAUGGGAUAUCAAGUACUCUAGUCGAUUGGACCUCGAUGAUUUAUAUGAUUGUAUAUAUACCUCUAAUCUUUCCUGCUAGUUGGCUGCUUGAUAAAAUGGGUCUCCGCGUAGCAGCUACAUUAGGAGCAUGUGGAACAUGUUUAGGCGCUGUGAUAAAAUGCUUUUCCGUCUCUCCAAACAUGUUCUGGCUAGGCUUUAUUGGACAAUCAACCACUGCUGUAUCGCAGAUAUUUAUAUUAUCACUACCGGCCAGGCUUGCUGCUGUAUGGUUUGGUCCAAAUCAGGUUUCCAGUGCCUGCAGCAUCGGUGUUUUUGGAAAUCAGUUAGGUGUCGCUGUAGGAUUUUUACUACCUCCGCUUUUAGUGAAAAAUCAUGAUGAUCUGGAAUUAAUUGGAAGAGACCUGCAAAAUAUGUUUUACUUAGUAGCUGGUUUUUGUGGAUUGCUAUUGCUUCUAGUAAUAUUCUUGUUCAAAGCAGAACCACCAACUCCACCAUCAGCAGCUCAGGAUAAAGAGCUAAUUGGGAUUAAUAUCGAAGCUGAACAUAGUUUUGCAACAUCAGUCAAAAGGCUACUUACGAAUGUGGGAUAUGACUUGUUACUCGGUUCAUAUGGAAUUAAUGUUGGUGUUUUCUAUGCGCUCUCUACAUUAUUGAAUCAGAUUGUUUUGCAAUAUUAUCCGGGUCAUGAGGAAGAUGCUGGAAAAAUAGGUCUGACCAUCGUUUUAGCUGGUAUGCUGGGCUCUGUAGUUUGCGGAGUGGUUUUAGAUAAGACUCAUAGAUUCAAGGAAACAACAUUGGCGGUUUAUGGGUUUAGUAUGGUUGGCAUGGUCGUAUAUACAUUCACUCUGAGCUGUGGUUAUAUUAGUGUUGUUUACAUUACAUCAGGUCUUCUUGGGUUCUUCAUGACUGGAUAUUUGCCAGUUGGGUUUGAAUUUGGAUCCGAACUAACAUAUCCCGAGCCCGAGGGAACUUCAGCUGGAUUGCUGAAUGCCGCUGCACAGACUUUCGGCAUUUUGUUCACAAUGGCCUACGCAAAACUUCUGGAUGGUUUCGGCGACAUGGUGGCCAAUCUGUCAUUAAGCUUCAUGCUUUUGGUGGGAACCAUAAUGACAGCAGCAAUAAAGUCAGAUUUACGUCGGCAAAAAGCCCACAAUUUAGCUGAAUAAAUUUUCAUUGGCGUAUGUAUAUAGAAUUUAAAAAAAUAUUUAAAUGAAAGUGCAAAGUAAGUACUAUGACAAUGAAAUACUAAGUUGCCAAAAUAUUAAUUAUUAUCGAUGUGCCGAUUUG